ACGCCGACAGCAUGCGCAAGAGGAACCAGGUGGUGUUCAGCAUGCUGGAGGCGGAGGCCGAGUACGUGCAGCAGCUGCACAUCCUGGUCAACAACUUCCUGCGGCCGCUGCGCAUGGCCGCCAGCUCCAAGAAGCCGCCCAUCACGCACGACGACGUCAGCAGCAUCUUCCUCAACAGUGAAACAAUCAUGUUUUUGCACCAAAUCUUUUACCAAGGCCUGAAAGCAAGAAUAUCCAGCUGGCCAACGCUUGUGCUGGCCGACCUGUUUGACAUCCUGCUGCCCAUGCUGAACAUCUACCAGGAGUUUGUGAGGAACCACCAGUACAGCCUGCAGAUCCUGGCGCACUGCAAGCAGAACCGCGACUUCGACAAGCUGCUGAAGCACUACGAGGCCAAGCCGGACUGCGAGGAGAGGACCCUGGAGACCUUCCUGACCUACCCCAUGUUCCAGAUCCCCAGGUACAUCCUGACGCUGCACGAGCUGCUGGCUCACACUCCCCAUGAGCACGUGGAGAGGAACAGCCUGGAUUACGCCAAGUCCAAGCUGGAGGAGCUGUCCAGGAUAAUGCACGAUGAAGUGAGUGAGACGGAAAAUAUUCGGAAAAAUCUGGCAAUAGAGAGGAUGAUUAUUGAAGGAUGUGAAAUUCUGCUGGAUACCAGCCAGACCUUUGUAAGACAAGGGUCGCUCAUCCAAGUGCCGAUGUCGGAGAAGGGGAAGAUUACGCGGGGGCGGCUGGGGUCUCUCUCGCUGAAGAAGGAGGGCGAGAGGCAGUGCUUCCUCUUCUCCAAGCACCUCAUCAUCUGCACCCGCGGAUCCGGAGGGAAGCUGCACUUAACCAAGGUGCGGGGGGGGAGCUGGGGUGCGGGGUCCCCCCGACGGGGCCAGGGCGAGCGGGGAGAAGCCGGUCUGUCUGUGUGCUCGGUCCCGCGCGCCGGGAGGGCUCCGCGGCCCCGGGAGCCUCUGCUCGGAGACAGCGUGGGCUGGAAGCCUCUCCUGGAGUCAAAGCAAUCCCCUUGUCCUGGUGGUUAG